AAACAUUAAAAAUGAGGAAGGAAAUUGGGCUCCUCUGGGGCCUAUGCAUUCGGGAAAUAUUACCCCGAAUAAUAUGCUCUGGUAGUAUUAACCAUUUUUUCCUUUUAUGUUUUCCUCUGCGUCAACUAUCCCUUAACUAAUUGAAUGAGGCAAGCUCUUUGUCUACCUUUCAAAAAAUAUGCACCCCUUCAGUUCACAAAAACAUGAUUCUUUGGACAUGGAUUUAGUCCGACUUUUGAAUUCUGACUACUUGUCCAAACAUUUAUAUCGAAUACUUGUAAAUCAAUAUGUGCAGAUUUGUACCGACGAGUACUUUCAUAACACCUCAAUUUUAUUGUAUUUCAUAUACAAGCUAGUUGUCAAAGCUAUGUACUGAAGACAAGUCCGUGUCCGAAAUUUGAGCUUUUGUCGAUCUCGAUUGGAGGGAGCAGUUUAAUUAGUGCAUCAUUUAAAAAGGUUCAGUGGAUGGUGGCGCAGCGAUGUGAACAGAUUCUUGGCAGCAUCAUCUGUAAAAAAUUAACUCCAGCAAGUUGGAGGAUGCGUGGAUGGGAUGACUAAUCAGGGAUGCUGGAGUAAAAUAUCUCUAAGCAGGCACUCGCAGCUAGCUACCUUGAUAUGGCCAUGGCCGCUCCUGUGUCCUCGGCUCCUCGCUGACCUCCUUUCUGUAUCCAUGAAAUUCCAUGAUCUGAUCUUCCAACCCGAGUGAGUGAUAGAGGAAGACAUAUAGGCCAGCCAGGGAGAUGGAGGCUGCAGCGGCCACCGUUUUUGUCGGUAGGAUCGCACCAAAGCUCAUAGAGUUCUUAGCUGCAAAUCACAAGCUUCGGCAGAACUUGGAGCAUGACAUCACCUACAUCCAAAGAGAGUUUGCGUUCAUUUCUGCCGCCAUUCAGCAAGACGAUGACUGUCGCUGGAGGAGUGGCCGCAGGACUGACCAGGUGCAGAGAGCCUGGAUCCAAAUUAUACGCGACUUGGCGCACGCCAUCGAAGACUGCAUCGACCGCUUCACGCCCCGCGUGGCGAUAUCCAAUAAGUCGCCAAUUCAGAAGUUGAAGACAAGGAAGGCCCGUAAUGAGUUUGCCGAGGCAAUCGGCAAGCUCAAGAAGAUAUCAAAGGAGUCAUCCAAGCUGAGAACAACUUAUGGUACUUCCACCUCCUCCUCAGCUUCGUCGUCGCCAAUGGCAUCUGAGACGAUAGAGAUUGAGACGAAUGACUUCCAUUCUGCUAACAGCCCUGUGGGUAUGGACGCACAACGGGAUGAGCUUCUGGAGCUGAUCCAGCAGGAGCAGCAGCAACUCAAGGUGAUCUCCAUUGUUGGCUUCGGUGGCAUAGGCAAGACUCUCCUUGCCAGACAUGUAUAUGAGAGUAUGAGCCAAUACGAAGCGCGGGCUUGGGUUAGUGCCACGGAGCAACAACGCCCAAUGGAUGUUCUCAUUGAGAUAACCCAGAAACUUGGCAUCACCACAUCCAUUGAUGGCGGAGGUCGUUCCAGCAACCCCUGCGAACUCCUAAGAUCUCACCUUGGGACCAAGAGGUUCUUCAUUGUAAUUGAUGAUGUACGGACAGAAUUUUGGCACGCUAUAAAAUAUGCCUUUGAGGGGUUGAGCGGCAGAGUUAUAGUGACGACAGCCAUUCAGUCAGUAGCAAAUGCAUGCAGCAGCUCUGCUCAUAGUCAUGUGUACAUAAUGAGAACUCUUACCGAGACAUACUCAAGAAGGUUAUUCUACAAGGAAUCUUUGGGCCAAGAUGACGAUCGGGAGGAUCAGCUUGGCUCAGAAGCGCUGCAGAAGUGUGACGGUCUACCCCUUGCUCUUGUUACCACUGCCCGGUACUUGCAAAGCACAGAUAGUCCGACACGGGAAAACUGGGCAAAAUUGUGCCACAACCUUGGAGCACAUCUGGAAACAAAUGAGAUGUUAGCAAGACUUAAGCAUGUGCUUGUUCAUAGCUAUACCAGCCUUGUUAAACAUGAUCUCAAGACAUGUCUGCUAUAUUUAGGUAUCUACCCAAGUGGUCGUAAGGUCAGGAGAAGAAGCCUGAUAAGGAAAUGGUUAGCUGAAGGGUUUAUCCAAGGUGAUUAUAUAUGUAGCGCCUUGGAUGCCGCUAUCGGCAAUUUCAAUGAGCUGGUCAACCGGAGUAUCAUCCAACCUACAGAUCAAGGUGCCAGCAGGAGCAAAAACAGCACAGAGGUGAAGACAUACCAUACUCACGGCAUGAUGCUUGAGUUCAUCGUGCACAUGUCCAAGUGUGAAAACUUCAUUACAUUGUUAUAUGAUCAGCUGGCUCGCCCAACCCCAACCAGCAAAAUCCGCUGGCUUUCUGUGCAUGAUGCAAGUGCCAGCGUAGCAGCCAAUGAUCUAUCUCUUGUCCGGUCUCUGACAGUCUUUGGCAGUGCGCACAAAUCUGUCUUAGAUUUUUCAAAGUAUGAACUGCUGCGAGUUCUGGAUCUAGAAGAAUGCGGUAACCAGUUGGAGGACAAGCAUCUCAAAGAGAUAUGCAGGAACCUGUUGUUGCUCAGGUAUCUAAGCCUCGGGUCCGCUGUUAAGGCACUUCCAAAGGAGAUCAAGAAGCUUCGAUUCUUGGAGACACUAGAUGUAAGAAGAACACAAAUAGAGAUUCUGCCCACUGAAGUCAUUAAGCUUCCAUGCCUGAUUCAUCUGCUUGGAAAGUUCAAACUGCAACAUGGUGUAGGAGGCCGGAAAAUGCUCAAGCUACAGACUUGGUUCUCAGAGAGUAGCAAAUUGGAAACUGUGGCAGGAUUUGUUGUGGACAGCAACAACAAUAGCCAAGGAUUUGAACAGCUCAUGGAGCAUAUGAAACACUUGACAAAGGUGAAAAUAUGGUACAAGCAAUCCACUAAUAGUAUUACGGAUCCCAUUGCAAGGCGCCGAUACUUGAGUUGUCUAUCUGACGCCAUUAAAGGGUUUAUCAAGAGAAGCACCGACUUGAAAAAAGCUCAUUCACUCUCACUGAAUUUCGCUGAUGGAUGUUUUCAAGACUUGCUGAAUUUCUCCCUGGAAAAACAAGAUUCCUCGCCAAGCUGCUAUCUUAGCUCACUGAAGCUACAUGGGAACUAUAUAUGCAGCCUGCCUCCAUUUAUUACAAUGCUGGGCAGUCUCACAAAACUGUGCCUUUCAUUCCCACAUUAUCAGCUGACCAGGGAUAUUCUUGCUGCCCUGAGCAGAGUGCGCUGCUUGGCGUACCUGAAGUUGAUCGCAUCUCAACUGGACAAGCUUGUCAUCUUAGAAGGUGCACUCGAAAGCCUGAGACACCUAUGCAUCGUGGUGGAAGUCAUGACUGAGCUGGAAGUCGAAGAGGGAGCUCUGCCGCUCCUUGAGUCGCUCUACCUACUGUGUAAGGAUAUAAAUGGAUUUAGAGGCACAAUGAUCCAAUCCCUGCGACGUAUUAAGGAGGUCACCCUCCAUGAUGGAGUAAGCGAUGAAACAAAACACGAGUGGAAAGAAGCAGCAAAAAAGCACCCCAGACAUCCCAAGCUCUUGUUUGUUAAGACAGCUGAAGAUAUUCAUAUGGGAAGUGAACCUGCAGACAAUUCUGAGAGCACAGCGGCACCAACUACUAGUACGACAUUAUCAGUGACAGUGCCCCAUGAUGCCAUUUCUACUGGACAAUCUGUUGAUGGCGAUGAUCUGCAAAGUUAUGAUGAUGAGAAAGAAGACAUGUAUAUUGAUAUCAUAGAGGAUUUUGCUAGCAAAACUUGUCUGGACCCUCUUAUAAACAAGGAAAAAUUGGAACAGGAGAUGGAAGGAGAAGUAGGUUUAAAGAAUCAGCAGAUUGAAGAUGUCAUUCGGUCUACUCAUCAGGCUGAUCAAAAUGGUGUACUUUUGGUGAUGAGUGAGAACACAAGAAAGAGGGCAAGGUUGGAUAUUGCUGAAGACAACUUAAUGGACAAGGUUGUUGAUAGGGUGAAGCGCAAGAAGCCACAGGAUGUCCCAGGUAAUUUACAAGUUCCCUCUUAG